AUGUUGGAUGAUGUGCAACUGGGAUACUAUGAUUCAGUUGACGGAAUUGCUCUCCACCGCCUACACACCAAUUCAGAAGACUAUGAUAGUGAACAGAAAGAUGCUGGCGUUGUGUUUGGAAGAAUGUUUGAGAGUAUGAAAUAUACAACAACACGCCUAAGGAAACAUUUUAAUUCCACAAAUGAGAUUGAUGUUUUUCAGAGGAUCAUUGGGUGCGAACUGUUAGAAGGUGAUGUCCCAGGACAAAUUAAGUUAUUAGAUACUUACAGUGGCUUUGCCGGAAACCUGCAGGAAAUCAACUUCAACAUGCAAAAGAACACUUUAGCAUGGAGCAUGGAUUCAGUGAUUGACUGGAGUUUUUUCCCUGAAAGUCGUAUUAAAUGGGUGGUGGAAAAUAUUUAUCAGCCCAUAUGCAUCAAAGUCUUAAGGAGGUACCUUCAGAGAGAGAAAAGAUAUUUGCUGAGAAAAGUGAAACCCAGAGUCAGGCUUCUCAAGAAGACACUCACACACUCUACAAGGACUCAGGUGACAUGUCUGGCUACUGGUUUUUACCCCCGUCACAUUAACCUGACUCUGCUUAGAGAUGGUCAGCCAGUACCUGAAGACCAGCUUACUGGAGGGUUUCUGCUACCUAAUACUGAUGGAACCUACCAGAUGAGGAAAAGUCUGGAGGUCAUUGCAGGGGAAGUAAACCAUAACUACACCUGUGUAGUCACCCACCUCAGUCUGGACAACAAGUUGGACAUCAGUGUUGAUUAUGAUCCGGGUCCAUCCAUCCUACCCAUAGUACUCUUUGUACUGUUGGCCUUGUUUGUGUUGGUGAUGAUACCCAUUGCUGGCUGCAUCGUAUGGAAGAAAUGUGCAGGUCACACAGAACUGACCCAGAAUAGAUACAUCGCUACUGCAAGUACAGAGGACAAUGAAUGCUCCACAGACCCCAAAUGA